AUGGACCCAAUGGACUCCAUGCCCGGAAUGGCCCCCGCUGAAAAUGCCCAUGCAACCGCCAUGAACGUCUUCACCAACGCACACAACACCCCACUCUACUCCGCUUCCUGGAUCCCUUCGUCUCCCGCGGGCUACGCAGGGACCUGCAUUUUCCUCAUUGCACUCGCUAUAAUCGACCGCUGCCUCAUAGCCUUCAAGGCAGCCCUGGAGCGCCACUGGCAGGCCGAAUACGUCAGCCGCCACUACAUUGCCAUAGCAGACAAGCCCUCGGAAGUGGAACGGAUUGCCUCCAUGGUGGCCAUCCACGGCCCCGAAGAUGCAAUCAGAGUUGUUCACAGCGUGUGCUCCGGCCCAAUCCCGUGGCGACCGACGGUCGAUGUUCCACGAGCCGGACUGUUUCUCGUCAUCUCGGGCGUGUCCUACCUUCUUAUGCUAGCUGUUAUGACGCUUAAUGUGGGAUAUUUCUGUUCUGUCUUGGCGGGAGGCUUUAUCGGCGAGCUGGCGGUGGGGCGAUACGUGCAUUGGAAUGGCGACGCGCACUGA